UAUCUCCAAAUUAGGGUUUCAAUAUCCACUGAUGAUUUGAUUUUGUGGCUAAAAAUCUAUAAUAGAUUCGAUAGCAACGGUUCAAAAUAUCCAUUAACGAUUUGAUUUUGUUGCAAAAUCUAUAAUAGAUUUGAUAGCAACGGUUCAAGUUCAAACUAGUUUCUUUCUUUCAACAAUUCUUGAAUUCACACACACACUCACAUACACACAAUGUGGAAUCUUGAUUGCGAUUGGUACUCUCCAAAAAGCCUACUCAGCACUCCCACCAUUUAUGAUUUUCCAGGCGAUCGCUUUAUCCCCAACCGAAGUUUGAUGAACCUUCAUCAAGCCAACAGUUUGCUUACCAACACCAACAAAAAAACUCAAAAUCCUAAUUUUAAUGAAGCGUAUAGACAGAAACUGGAGGAUAAACUGAAUCUUGAUUCCGAAGGGAAACCGUUUCGGAUGUUAGUUUUUAGAGGAAGUCCAAAAUCAAGUCAAAAAUCUAUUCGUCAUAUUGAUCAGAUGCGAGAAGAAGAUAAUGAAGCACUUCAAAACAGUGGCAAUCAACGUAUCCGUCGAAGGCUGCCUAAGAAGGAAUCCAGGGUAUUGGAUGCGCCAAAAAUAAAAAAUGAUUACUACACAAACACUAUGGAUUGGGGGAAAAACAAUAUUCUAGCUGUUGCUUUGGGAACAGAAUUGUACUUUUGGAACUCAGUUACUACUGAUGUAUCUUUGUUGUUUAACGCCACUGGCAAUAACUAUCCAACAAGUGUUUCCUGGUCAGAGGAUGCAAAAUAUGUGGCCACAGGAUUUGUGCACUCUCAACUUCAAGUCUGGGAUGCUGAGACUUCCAAGCCAGUAAGAAGUCUAGAAGGUCAUAGUGAAAGGAUAGCAACUCUAGCAUGGAAUAACCAUGUUUUAACUUCCGGAAGCCAUGACAAAACUAUAAUCAACCAUGACGUUAGAGCAAGAAGAAAUGAGGUUUCCCGGGUAAAAACACACAGAGCAGAAGUUUGUGGUUUAAAAUGGUCGAAAAGGGGCAAUUUGUUGGCAAGUGGUGGUAAUGAAAAUCACAUCUAUGUAUGGGAGUUAAAUAAAAUGAACUCGUCAAACUUCUUGCAUUGUUUUAAAGACCAUAGUGCUGCUGUGAAAGCUCUUGCUUGGUGCCCUUAUGAUCCAUCUGUGCUUGCUUCUGGAGGCGGAACAGACGAUAGAUGUAUUAAGUUGUGGAAUGUACAAAAAGGAACCAAUAUUUGCAGCAUAGAUACCAAAGCUCAGGUUUGUGGAUUACAAUGGAAUAGACAUCACAAAGAGAUAUUAAGUGGCCAUGGGUUUAGUACAAGUGCAGAACACAACCAACUGUGUUUGUGGCAGUAUCCUUCUAUGACUAAAGUUGGAGGCUUGGACCCUCAUACUUCAAGAGUCCUUCAUCUAUCUCAGAGUCCAGAUGGAUUAACAGUGGUUUCAGCUGGGGGAGACGAGACUCUUCGCUUUUGGGAUGUUUUUGGACCACCAGCUACUGAUACAAGAGAGACUUCGGUUUUAGAUAACCUUUUGUCGAUGAAGAUAUCACCAAUAAGAUGAUAGAAACAUAACAAUUUUGUUCUCUUAGGGUAGUAUCCUUGUAUGUAAAAAAUAGUUUUAUUAAUGCACAAAUUUUUUCUGACAAGAAUUUGAAAUAGAUGUUAUUGUCAUAAAUCAAUUAUAAAUUGUCCUUA